UGUUCCUGCAAAAGUCUAUGCUCAUCAACUCUUUUACAUAGACUGCCGAUAAAUAAUAUGAGAGAUUUUACUUGUGCUCUUGUAAAGGUCUAAUCCACAUGAAAAUAUGCUUGCUUGUGGACCAAAGCAUUGGCAUGUGCAGAUGAAAGAGGAGCUGUAUAAGAAUGCAAAACAGGAGGCGAGGCAGGAUAAAAAAUAAAAAAAUAAAAAAAAAAUAUCUGUUCUUCCUUUUAUCACUUUUAUCAGUGGUAGAGUUCACUAGAAUAGAUGUAAAUGUUGGCAUGACAGACGACUCAGCAAUGUCAGAAGUCACAAAAGACGCAGUGCUCACUCCCUGGUGUAGAACCAGAGCAACAAUGUCUGUGCAGUACAAAUGAGCCCACGCUGCUUGGUGCCAGUGUGUUACUGGCUCUUUGAGUGAUUGUCUUUGCCAAUAUGGAACAGAGUGGCACAGAGGCAACAGCUUCUCUAAGCACUGCCCAUUGUUCCUUGACAUCAGUAUCUAUCUUAUUAUAGAAACUGAAAUCAGACUGGGCCAGGACUUUAUUUGCUCCGCAGAUCCCGAUAAGGAUAGCCGUUUGCCUGCGCUUGAUUUGUUGUGUUUUUGUGUCCGUCUGUGGCAGUGUGUGUUGCGCACUCUGACCUUUACUCCCUGCAAUUUCUGCUCACACUUGUGUUGCUGCGGAGAUAGCGCCACAAUCACUCUGUGCUGGAACAGCCUCUCGUAAAGAUAGGACUAAAAUGACAUGUGCACUUGCACAUACAAACCUAAAUACAUGCAAGCCAACCUUUGACCAUUUCACUAGCUCAAGCAUGACGCAGGGCUGGGUGUUUUUUUUUUUUUUUUUUUUUUUUCCGCCACUUUCCACACCCAGUAAGCAGACUCUCAUUGUAGCCGCAGGGCACUUACUGGCUACGACAUAUAAAUGUGGCACAUUUUUCUUGGUGCUUUUCUUAGAAAUGGAAGUUCAAGAGGGUCAUGCGUCGGUAAAGCGUGACGAGCCUAACUGAGCUGAUCUGCUUUGAGGACCAUCUAACCGCUCAGCGUGUCCUGCUUGGUCCGAGAUGGAGCUCAAAGUGUGGGUGGAUGGAGUGGUGCGCGUGGUCUGCGGCCUGUCUCAGGAAACUUCCUGCCAAGAUGUCGUCAUUGCUUUGGCACAGGCCAUUGGUCAGACUGGUCGAUAUGUUCUUAUUCAACGUUUGAGGGACACUGAAAGGCAGCUUUUGGCUACAGAGAGACCCCUGGAGUCUUUGGCUAAGUUGGGCCAACAUGGCAACGAGGUUCAGUUCUUCCUGCGGCGCACUGGCCCCAGCAGCAGUGAUGGUCCCAGUUCAAAACAAGAAAGACAGUCUCCUCUUCCACUGCCCAAACAUCCUGAGCCAGAGCCUCUGAAACGUAACCAACCUAAGAAAGCGCUAACGUUUAACUUGGGGCCAUCCACUUCCCCAAAGACUAAACCCAAACAAUUUCAGAGGUCUCCAAAGGACUCAUCAGAGCAAAGAGUCUCUGCAUCCCCCUCAUCUAGUCCUGUAUCCCCACAUUCUCCCUCACCUCCUAUUGGACCUUCUAAGGAGGAAGUGUUUAAAAAGAUCCUUCAACAACAAGAGAGACUCAGAGCCAUAGAGGGCCAGCUUGAGGUCCUAGAGAAGGAGUCGCCGUAUCGUCCAUACCCUUCUCCAAGCCCCUCACCAGUAUCAGACUCUCACUUGCAAGAAGAGAUCGAUGCUUUGGAGCAAACAAUGCGGAGGAACCAUGCUGAGCUCACCCACGAGCAGUACUGGGAGGAGGAACUUCAAGUGGAGGUGGACAAAGAGCGAGAAAUGAGACGGAAGCUGACGGACCUGCACGCCAAGCUGGACGACUGCGGGCGGCGGCUGCACGACUUCUCUGUUCGCUCUGCCCAGCUGGAGCAGGAGAUCCAGAGGGAGAGCCAGACGGCGAGCAAAGCCAGCGGGGUCAAGGAGUCACUUGAUGCUGUGAAGGCAGAGCUACGGAUCCAGGAGAGGAAAGGGGUCGACUUUGAGGAGCAGGUGUCAGAAGCCGACAAGGCCCUGGAGAAGGCAGAGUCUCUGCUGCAGGCUAAGCAGAACGAGCUGGAGGAUCUGAAUAAGGAGCUGAGGCAGUGUAAUCUGCAGCAGUUUAUCCAGCAGACAGGCGUCGUGCCGGCUCAUACCCACUCACGCACAGAGCUGCAGGAACAGCUUGAACAGCUGGAACUGGCAGCAGGUCGCAGUGCGACUCCCGUGGAAUUUCCAUCUCGCCCGACGGCCAAGCAGUUUCUAGGACAUCCGCGGAACCUGCAAAACCCUCUAGUGUCCAGUCUCAACCCUGAGGUCCUGACAUCCCGAGAGUCGUCAUGGAGAUAAAACACGGACAGCAGGGCCACGGGAAAGUUGUUCACUUUUCUGUCACCGUCACCUCUUGUUUAACCCCUUUUGCUUCCUAACAUUUCCAUUCAUUAUUAAUUUACCUUACAAGUACUUUAUAUAAAUAAGAAAGAUAUAUUUACAACGUUUUGCUACUGUAAACAUUUCAAAGUAUCUGUAUGACAUGUAAAAUAAUUUAGGAACCUUUGACCAAUAGAGAUUAUUACUAUGACUGUGUAUUUAAAUAAUAAAAUGUGAAUCAUGUUUUAGAUAUCCUUUUGUCGAGUGAUUUUUUUUUAAAUAUAAAAUUAUAAGAAACUCUAUUUGAAAACUGUGCAUUUGAAAUCCUUGCAGUAAGCAGUUGACUUACAAGUGUGCCUUAAUUUUUUAUUUUUUUAACAAAGACAACCCUGAACAAGUGUGAAGUGCAUUUGCUUUCAGGCCCCUUUAGGCCCUUGGUAACUCUGGUGGAAUUUAGGUAGGGGACAGGAAUUACUGUUAAUGAUGCAGAAAUCUGUCUUGCAAGAAGAAGAGUUGUAAAGAGGAAAUCACGUCUGAACAAAAGCCAUAGGAAGUCUGGUUUAAGGUUUGCCACAAAGACUUCAUAGUAAACAGGAGGAAGAAGGAGGAGCUCUUGUAAGGUAACUUUGUGGAAUAUAUAAUGUUGAGACGAUGCAUUAAGCCGAAUAAAGGACGAUCCUGGAAGGGAAACUGUUAGAAGCUGCAGAAGAUUUGACUUUGUGGCUAAGCUUCACCUUCCAUGAGGACAUUGACACUCAAUAUAAGGCCAGAGCUACAACAAUUUCAUUAUAUAUAAGAAUAUGUCUGGAUUACAGCAGAAUUGAGUUGAGAAUCUGUUCACUGGUGCUCUUUCCAGUCUGUCUCAGCCUGAGUUAUUUUGCAAGGUCAAAUGGACACAAGUUUCGGUGCAGAGUUGAAGAAAUACCCUAAAACACCUAUCUGUAACUACACGCUAUUCAGUUUUUGUAUUUGUAUGAUAAUCCUAAGUAUACUAAAAAUCAAAUAAAUCUGUCCCACUAAUACAGUUUAUCUCCAGUGAUUAUAAAUCUUCAUUUUGCAGGAUAAAUACACAUCCGCUAAGGUCCUGCUCGCCACUUUAGUCCUCCACCCAGUUGCUGUUUGUUUACCCUGGAGACCAAAUUUGCUGUCUGCCACACUCUGAGUGACGUAGGCCUCCCCGUGUGCUCUGGCUGACCCCGGAUUGAUACCCUGUAGGCUUCUAAAAAUACCCUCCUCUGCCAUCCCGGGGCAGGUACAUCAUUUUUCAAGCCUUCUUUCUUCUCAUCUUAGUCUUAAAAUCAUUCCCCGCCUCCGUAUUUCAAUGUUUCCAGCACAUGACACCAAAAGUUUUGAUACAAUGAUCCACUAUGCAGAAUUGGAUUAUAAUGAGGAGAUUUGGAACUGUUUGGCUUUGUAAGGGUUAGAUAAGCUUCAAAUCCUUGUUUUGUUCCCACUGUCGGGACAAGCCCAAAGCCGUGUGGUACACUAUCGCCCUCUCGUGGACAUGGAGAAUAUUACACAGGUUUAUUAGUUUUACUACAAAAGUGUUAAAUUCAUCAUUUCCCACUGACUAACUCAUUCAAAUUGCUAAUAUUGAGGGAUACAAUAAAGCUAAAUGUAUUAUUUGAUCUUGAGCUUAGAUUAGAAUUUUACUUUAUUAAAAAGAGGAACUUUUCAACAUUUCUCGUUUAAAUUGUAACCCAGACAGCUAAACUUCCAGAAUGAUACAAAACCGGAUUCUAAAGAUUUUUCGGAGUUCUGUGUGUUGGGAGUUUAAGAGUAACAUUUUGUGUUAUCUUUUUCUCACUGAAAACUGAUCAAACUGAGCAUCUGGAAGAACAAUCUUCUCAAUGAAGAUGAGCGUAAGCGUCUGCACGUCCCACAUCAGGAUGACGUUGACAGGAAGCUCAAGUUAAAGAGCCUGUGAGACAAACUCUUGUCUUUUUCCUCCGUGUCACAAUGACUCAUCAAGUACAGAUGAGGUGGGAAUAAAAAAAAAAUAAAAAAAUACAAAUCUUGUGAAGACAUGCUCUACAUGACAAGACAAAUUGAGCAGCGAUUAUGCAACAAAUGUUUAAGUCACAACUUUACUUCUCACUUUAUGCACAUAUCAAUACACUUUAUGCACAAACGAUAUGACGUUGCUGAGAAAUUAGGUGAAUAUUAUUUUACAUUAAUUCAAAAGUCAGGAAAAAAAAAAAAAACUACAUUCUGAAGUCAACUUCAGCGGUUUUGUGGAACAAACAUGAAUGGCACCCUGGGCAAGCCCAUACCCCACACACAACCAAAGACACAAAAAACAAACUUCAUACAUUAGAGCAUUUAGAUGGUCUUGAUUGAUACAUUUUAAAGAGAUUUAGAGAGAUUUUGUGAAAAUGGUACACUUUUACAUGAAUCAAUAUGUAUCAUCAGUGAUCUUUAUUUGGAGAAUUCAGAUAAAAUGGGGAAGUGAAAGAAGAGUAAAACUUUCAGCGAAGCUCCUGAGGUCAGGAGUUGAACCUCGCACGGCUGUGCCCAAGCCUGACGGCUUCUUCACAUGGGCCCGCUCUACCGCUGCGGCUCGUGUCGCCCUCACAAAGUCUGUUUUAAAGAAACUGUACUUAGUGGAGAUUCAGUCCAGAUUCGUGCAUUUAGACUGUGUCUCAAAUUAGGCGAGUUCUCGUGCCAUGGAAGUAUUAAAAACAGUGUUUUAAAAUGUUCCCCCACGCC